AUGCCUCUCAAAAUUAAGGAAAUCAAAGACUUUCUGCUCACAUCCAGGCUGUCAAAUCUGGUGAGAUCAAGAAAUGAGGGUAAUGUGACGUUAAACGUUUAGUGCAGCAGAUAAGUUGUCAUCACAGACAAAGAGAAGGCAGAGAAACUGAAGCAGUCCCUGCCCCUGGGGUUGGCAAUAAAGGAGGUAAAAUGA